CCGCCCCCUGUGCCCUCAGCUCUACUUCCUGCUGCUAACACAACUUCUCUGUGCAGAAUACAGCAGGACAGCAAUCACACUAACGGCUGCUAACACCUGAUGAACACAAAGCCGCCUGGGACUGGUCAUGACACAGCAGGAGUUCAAGGAGAGCCUGGAGGCGGCCCUCUCCUGGAUGCAGGUUGUCCAGGAGAGGCUGAAGGCCAACGACAACACCCAGGGGCCCCGUGACGCCCUGGAGGGCCGACUCAGGGAGACAGAGAAAAUCCACCACUCGGUGCAUGAGGGCCGUCUGAAGAUGGACAAGGCGCUUGUGGCAGCUGAGAACCUUUUGAAGAGCGAAGAUGAAGAGCUGAGGAACCACACCCACGCUAAGCUCAAAGACCUGAAAAGCCUGUGGGAGGAGACCUCCACCUACAUCAUCCACUGUCACAGUCGUAUAGAAUGGGUGUGGCUGCACUGGGGCGAGUACCUGAAGGCCUACGAGGAGUUUGAGCUGUGGCUGACCAGGCAGCAGCGCAGCCUGGAUGUGGGGGUGGAGCUGCAGCUGGGGGUGAAGGAGAAGCUUUGGCAGGUGGACCAGCAGAGGGUGGGGCUGAGCGACAUCCAGGGCCAGGCGGCGCUGCUGGAGAGGCUACUGGACGAGGCCUCCGCACUCCACAACAGAACCCAGGACCCCAGCGUGGAUCCCCAGGCCCAGGAGGGGCUGCAGGAAGACUACAACGAUGUCAGAGACAGGGCGGAGGAGCGUCUGUCGCUGCUUCAGAAGAUGGCUGAGGAGCACCAGACAUACCAAGGCUGCGUUCACAGGUUCCAGUCCUGGCUGCUGUCAAAAACCAAAGAGCUAACUGAUCUGAUGGAGAGGGAGGAGACAGCGGAGAACAAGCUCAAAGCCUUACAAGGUCUGGACGACAGCGUGGCGGGAGAGGAGAAGACCCUGCAGCACAUCGAGGGGCUGUCGGAGGCGCUGAGGGGCACCACCUCCCCCUCUGGGGCGGAGGUGGUGGUGGAGGAGGCGGAGGAGCUGAGGCUGGGCUGGCAGAGGCUGAGGCAGGGUCUGUGUGAGGGUGAGGAGGGGCUGCGCUCCAGCCUGGACUCCCACAGUCAGUACACAGCCCGCUGCCAGAGGCUGGGGGAGGACAUCGGACACCUCAGGGUGCUGCUGCAGGGCCUGGACCAGGAGCUGGGGGAGGGCCGAGACCCCCCCGACCACACCGAGGACCAGAUGGUGGGCCAGUGGAGGAAAUACACGGGGGUGAGGAACACUCUGGCAGGGGAGGAGUCCCAGGUGGAACUACUGAAGGCUCAGCUCAAAGAGCUGUUCAGGUUCUCAGAGGACUCACGCCACCUUUCUCAUGAUGUCCUGGCUGUUGUCAAAGAACAUCAGAGUGUGAAGAGCAGAGCCACCAGGCUGUGUUCAGAGUCCGAGUCGGGGCUGAGGAACAUCCUGCAGGACCCUCUGCUGGUGUUCGCUCAGUGGAGCCACAUGGUGUUCCAGGUUCUGGAGAACUCGGCUGAGGUUACUGACUUCUCCAACAACGCCAUGAUGGUCCAGAACAUAGAGCGCCUGCUGCGGGACAGUGGCCAGCUGCAGGAGCGUCUCAGCCUGCUGCAGGUGAAGGGGGGGCUGCUGGACUCUGUGUUCGGUCCUGAGAGAGCUGACGGGCUGCAGGGAGAGCUCACUGCUGCCGUCAGGAACCGAGAGCUGCUGCACGCCCAGCUGCUGAGCAGGGAGAGCCGGCUGCAGGGCUUAAUCUCCAGAACCAAGGACUUUGGUGCCGCCUAUGAGUCGCUCCGCUCAAAGCUGUCCGCUCUCCGGCACCAGCUGGUGGCGGCCGACAGCCUGCAGCCCGACAUCCUGGCUAAGAAGAGCCAGGCGGACCGCUUCAUGGUGAUCCAGAAGGACCUGGAGGACUGUGAGGCCCAGCUCACGGCACUGGAGACUCUGGUGUCGUCCAGUCAAAGCAACAGGACCCAGUUUGAGAGGCUCUAUGCCGACUGGAAACAUCUGCACACAGCAGCACGGCUGAAGGUGUCAGAGAGUGAGGAGAGCAUCUCAGACCACGAGAGCUUCCACAACAGCCUGCUGAACAUGGAGAAGUGGCUGAUGAUCAUGAAGCAGAAGCUGGAGUCCUUCCACAGCCAAUCAGGAGAGUGGAGCAUCGAGGGCCGCCAGCACGAAGCUGAGAGAGCGCUGGGAGAGUUCCCGGAGAAGGAGCUCCAGCUGCAGCAAAUGGAGGUCCAGGGUCAGGGGGUCCUGGAGAGGACGUCAGAGGAGGGGCGGGUCCACAUCCUGCGGGACACCAAGCGCCAAUGGGAGUCCUGGCUGGCCCUGUACAACAUGAGCCUCAAUCUACACAGGUUGCUGAACAGCUCCAGACAACAGACAGACUCUGCCUCUUGGAGUGUUGGAGGUCCGUCUGCAGACCCCUCCCUCACAUCACCGCUCGGAGUGGGGGGGGGAGCCAUGGCUAGCUUUGGGUCUGGAAGAGGAGUAAACCUGGAGGGAGAGACAGGAGGGCGGGGGGGAGCAGUGGAGGGGGGGCUGAUCCAGAGCCAUCACGGUGAAGGUCAUCUCAUCCUGACUGCACAAGACAACACACUUCUCAACUCACCCAGGACAGGAGAGGACAGAGGAGACCUGGGGGACACCGUGGACUCUUCUGCCUGGAGCAUUUACAGCAGAGCAGGACCGAAAGGCUCCACAGACCCCCCCCCUGAUGGAAGCACCGGCAGUGAGGGAUCAGCAGGGGCCGCAGACAGAGGGGGGGCAGCUUUAACCAUAAAGGGAGGCGGAGGGCAGUACCAGUCCAGAAGCAGGGAGUUUGAGGCCUGGCUGUCCAAUCAGAAUGCUCUCCUCUCAGGGGUCUCCAGCAGCAAGGCAGCAGCACUCGGCACCAAGGAGCUGAAGACCAGACAGGACACGCUCAGAGCUCUGAGAGCAGAACUGUCCUGGGGUCAGGAGCACUUCCAGCUGCUGCUGCAGGAGAGUCAGAGUGCUGCGGCUGGUCCUGGACCAGCUGAGGAUGUGGGUCUGGAGGAGCUGCGCUACCGCUGGAUGCUCUACAAGUCCAAAGUGAAGGAUGUGGGGGAGCUCAGGACCAGAGCCAAGAGAGUCCAAGCCCAACAAGAGGAGCCGGCCGUCGCAGCAAAGGUGCAAAAGAGGGCGGGGCUGUGGCAGAGGGUCUGCCGGCUGGCCCUCCCCCUCUGGCUCCUGCUGCUGGCUCUGCUGCUGCUGGCCUUCCUGCUGCCCCUCAUGGACGAAGGCAGCAGCUGCUCCCUGACCAACAACUUCGCCCGCUCCUUCAAUGUCAUGCUGCGCUACAACGGACCACCCCCCACGUAGGAGAAGCCCCCAUAACUCACUAUAACGGACCGUGGUUUAUUAGGUGACGUUGACCCUCUCCCUGGAUUACAGAGAAACAAAGAGGACUAGAACAUCUCAAGGGCAAUCUAAAGGCUUUGCAACAAAUCAUAUUCUCAUUUAAGAAAGUUAUAUUCAUAGCUUAACAUAACAUCAUUUUCCUGAUGCUUUACACAUUAUGGACUACGUGGUCAAAAGCUCUUAGAUAAUGGUGUAGAAAUUAUGUUCAUGUCAACUUUAAAUAACUUAGCUUUAAUAUUAACAAUAUAACCCAUCAUCAUGACACAAAGACUGCUUUGAGUUUUGGUAUAUCCAGCAAUUGUUUACACCAUUUUCUUGUUGACUACAUGCCAAAUUUACAAUUUUAUAAGAUUAGUUUUUUGGGCUUUUUGACUUAAUGGUUAGAAGACCUGCUGAGAGCCAGGAAAUGCGGGGGGUACAUCGGCAAAGGGCCACAGGUCGGUGAGGCCUUUGAACACAGAACGCCCCAGAGAGCUCAUUGUGAGCAAGAAACUAUUAUGGUUGUUAAAACAAUUGAUAUUUUUUGAAGAUCCAAACUAAAGACUGCAGCAACAGAAAUAGACAUGCUAAGCUUCGGCUAAUGCUAUGCUAAUGAUAUGUAGCAGUGCACGAUAACUAUUUUGCAAGGAACUACAAAGUGCAACCUUUUAUUUUGAAUGGUUAUUUGACAUGUUUUUAGAACAUUGUGUGUUCCUAUUAUAACAACGUCCACCAGUACUGUCCCUGUGUGUUCAUACUGAGAGCUAAGGACUCAGCACAUGUGUGAUUUGUUAGCAUUUUUCACACUGUAUUAUCAGUUUUUACAGCCUGGCAGCACAAUCUGCGAACUCCAGUGCUGAGCAGUAAACGUAUACAGAAGUGCCAGAAACUGCAGCUCCAUGAUGACCACUCCACCCCCGUGUUGAAAGGCAGACUGUACUGCAGAAAUACACGUUUACAGCCACGUACCAAAAAAAUGUUUUACAGUUAUUUUCAUAUUCAUCACAACUGUAUGGUAGGAACAGUUUCAUACAACUCAUGCCUUUAAAUUAUAUUAAGGCUUACACUUAGGGGCGUGGCCACUUUGAGUGACAGGUAAGAGCGGUCCCAGUUUGCUAGCUGCUAGCUACCGCUCUGCUAUGCUACCUAGGUACGCCUCAAUAUUAUCCACAAUGCUGUUUUUUAGAUGAGUCGAGAGUCAGAGGGCGGCGUCACUGCAACACGAGUGACAACCAGAGGAAAUCUUGAGCUUCACAACAGCUCUUCAGACACCUGUGGGUGACGCCACAGAGAAUCUGUCCGGCUUUACGAAGGCAGCGCAGUCCACAUGAAUGGACACAUACAAAUGGCACAAUCAGAAAAGUUCAGUCUCAGUUGUACACAUAAUGAUAGUAUGGCAUCUUUUGUGUUUAGCCAAAUAUUAGUUAUCUCUGUUUUAAUCCUGUCAGCUAUGAUGUCAUGACCGCCUAUCUGCUCACAUACAUGCAGGGAAAAUGAGGUGUCCCUGAUCUAUAUGCUUUAGGUCUACUUUCAUGUCAGUAGGGUCGUAGCUCUUCUUCUUUGGUAUUUAUUUUAAGCUUCUUGUACCAGAAACUCCUGAGAGCAGUACUUUUUCUUAUUUUCUGAAGCUGCUCCUUUGGCUCGAACAUGGUGAUCUGUCUUUUACUCACGGUGAAAACAACCUGCCUGACAUUCUCUGGCUGUGCUCCGGGUGCCAGCAGAACUAUAAAGCUUGGCAAUCAUCUUUUUAUGUGCAGACAUGAAAUAACUUAUAACUGUUUUUCUCCUCUCUUUAUUCUCCACACACAGCUCUAAGAAUACACCCACCACCUCCACACACACCUUCCCUGUUUUGUCCGGGCUUGUGGGUGUUAUUGAAUUAUCAUGCUGCCGUGGCAACAGUGACCAAAUCGGGUGUAUCUAUUCUUCUUAAGUCUCUGUUGUUGUUUUUACAUUAUAUCUGGAAUCGUGGACGAGGAAACGCAUCAUCUUCUACCCUCAUGUUAAUCCUUGAUUUCCUUCUGCUCCACCAAAACACUCAAAACAGAGAGGUCCCUGAACUCAUCACACACAAAUACUGGUUUAUGCUGUGAUCACAUUAUCCGGGAAAUAAGUUUCCCUUUUAUUGGAUAUCCUUGAAAUCCAGCUGUAGGUUAUGUAACAGACAUGCUCAUACUAGAGCUAUCCCUGUCAGAAACUUGCAUUUUAUCAAUUGAAAUGAUUACAGAUGCUUUCUCACCUCUGAAUUAUUCUGUUCGGAUGUUUUACAUUUGACAGUCCUGAAGAAGACUUGAGUCAUGACCUCGGUCAGUUCAUGUUAGCCACCAAGAAGAGAACAAGGAAUAUUUAUAUAUCAGUACAAAAUAUUUGUUCUCAUCACACAGUAAAAAGUGAAUUUCAGCAUCACGUUAACAGAUGUUUGCAGAGGGUAACAGGUGACAUCAUUCUUAUUACUUUCCUGUUAAUCCUAUGGUUACUUUAUAUAUCUACCUGCUAGCUCAGGGUAGACUACAGGCUCAUCUUUAACUUACAUUAAUGUUGUGGGUACAUUACAAAGAAAUGAUUACAGUUAUUAGUACAAGUACAGCAGUACAGAUAUCUUUUACCUUUUUUUCCCCAAGUUUGGUAUUGGUCAUAGUUUUCUGCACCUGUAUGAGAUCCAUCAUUCAGUUCAGCCAGACACAUGCAGGGCUAUCAUUUAUGAUGUCAUCACUACAUUUCUGAUCUUCACUUUUAUGCUUUAUACAAUUCUUCUUCCUCUUCAAUUCUUCAAUCAGGUUUCUUUUAUCAAAUUGAUUAAGUGGUUGAAUAACCUCGCCCCAGCUGUACUUUUCCAUAUGUCACAAAAACAAUCAAUACAAUUUUCACAUGGUAUUUCAAAGAGUUCUUACAUUUGCACGUAGCUGAAAAGCAUUUUUUCUUAGUCUGCUGUUCAGGCCCACACUGUAAGAUGGUGUCUGUGAGAAGGGGGCCAUCAUUCUAAAAAAUCAUCUUCACGGGGUAAAGAAUAUGUAAAUAUGCCACAUCCAGCACCACAUAUUAUUAAAUAUUAAGUUACCAUGGCCUUGAAGCUUUAAGUUAAUCAGCCGUGCCAUAUUACAUUUGUAUUUUAUAUGUAGCUUUGUACUAUAAACGGUUAUAUUAGCAAGUUUAAUAGAAGGUUUAAUGCUGCAUUAUAUUCUAUUGUACUGCUGCUUAUCCCCCCCGCAUCUAUGCAUGUCUCGCUUAAAAGCCUUUUGUGUAUUUGAACACUUUAUGCAACUUGAAUUGACUUGAAUCUGAGUGUGACAAACAUACAGAAGAACAGUGUGAGAACACUUAUUAUGCAAACAUUCUUAAUGCCGGCUCUCAGAUAGAGCUAUUUAUUAUGGAAAUAUACAAGUAGUGUUAGAGCUUUUGUAUUCAAAUAAUUCUAUUCUAUUUUAUUCAUCUUUGAGAUCAUGCGUCAUGUUAUUCAAAGAGCUUGUAUUCACCAAUGUUUUUAUAUUCUGUUGAAAUAAAAGUGCAGUUUGAAUAUUC